AUGUUAUAUCAUGUUCUAUCCCAAAGAUUUUGUUCACAGCAACCCCAAAAAAAGAUACUGUACAAAAGUCAAAGCCUACGAAAAAAUAGUAGCAACUUACCUUUUUCCCAUCUUCUUGGAGGUAAAUCCCCGUUUUCCUUCAGAAAAAAACCGCCAAAUCCCCCGAUUUUUGCUGCCACGUUGCCACGUUGCGGAGGUCCUGUGAGGUGUCCUCGACACGUGUCCUAUGUUGGGAAUAAACCGGACACCUUUCAGAUCUACCAACAGAACGGCAAGGUCUGCGCCCGGCGCACAGACUACGAGGGCGAUUGGAGCGUUCAUCUCCAGGUCUUCUGUCAGGGACGCAGCACAUCUGGAAUCUCAGGCCUGAAGAAGUUGAGGAUUGGAAGCAGCUUGGACAACAACGUGAAAUGUGUGGAGGACCCAGGCGUAAAAUGCGAUGAGAAUGCCAAGCAGUUGGGGCGCACAGGCAAAUAUCCGGACACCUUCCACAUCUACAGCCACGGAAACCAGAUUUGUGCCAGGAGGACCGACUCCCCCGAAGGUUGGGGCAUCGAUUUAGUCCUGCGAUGCCAACGCACAGGGAACCCGAAAGCCUGGAGCAGCAUGGGAGGCAAAACGAAGGUGUCCAUUGGGAGCAGCUUGGACUCGCACGUGAAGUGCGUGGACGCUCCGAGGGCGGUCCAUUGCGACAGCACCGCCAAACAGCUCGGGCGCACGGGGAAAUAUCCGGAUACCUUCCACAUCUACCAUGAAGGAGACAAGAUUUGCGCGCGACGUACCGAUGCAGAAGCCGGCUGGGGAUUGGAUUUGGUCUUGGAAUGCACACGGUCACAGUCAGGAUUUGGUGGCUACAGCUAUGGACACAGGUCUGACUAUCACAGCUAUGGUAGCGACUACCACUAUGGCGGAUACCACAGCGGCAGUUUGUACAUACCUUCUGAGCAUAGCUAUGGGAGCCACUAUCACAGCAGUCACCAGAGCUAUGGCCAUCACUAUGGUGGAAGUUAUGGUGGCAGCUAUGGACACUUUGGCUCCCGCGCAGGACUUGCGAAGGUGUCCAUUGGGAGCAGCUUGGACUCGCACGUGAAGUGCGUGGACGCUCCGAGGGCGGUCCAUUGCGACAGCACCGCCAAACAGCUCGGGCGCACGGGGAAAUAUCCGGAUACCUUCCACAUCUACCAUGAAGGAGACAAGAUUUGUGCGCGUCGAACCGACGCCGAAGCCGGAUGGAGCUUGGAUCUGGAAUUGGAGUGCCAACGCACCGGAUACGGUGGCUACAAGGGAAACAGCCAUCAUAGUUACCACAGCAGCGCCAGCUACAAGCAAAGCAAGAAGCGGGUGGAGAUUGGCAGCAGCGACCAAUACAUCAAAUGCGUUUUGGAUCCGGGGCACGUGCACUGCGACAACACGGCCUCGCAGGUGGGUCGCACUGGUGAAUUUCCGGAUACCUUCCACAUCUACCAUCAGGGCACUCAGAUUUUAGAGGGCACAGAAUCCGACGUUGACCUUCCUAUUCUUCUGACGUUGAACGCCCUAUUUCCAAUGAAAAGGAUUUGCGCCCGACGCACAGAUGCCCAGGCAGCGUGGAGCAUCAAUUUGGUACUGGAUUGUGAUCUCUACUACAAGAAGCACUACGGAACUUCCGGGUCCACUUCUCCGGGGACCGCAUUUCAAAUCGGCAGCAGUCCGCAGUCCGCCUUGAAAUGUGUGGAAGAUCCAGGGUACCUCCAAUGUGACGAUUCGGCCGAACAAGUGGGGCGCACUGGAGAAUUUCCGGAUACCUUCCACAUCUAUCACGAGAAUGAGAAGAUCUGUGCCCAGCGCACGGAUGCGAACAGCGGCUGGGGUCUCAACCUGGUCUUGGACUGUCGCCCCGCACAUGCGGGCUACGAUCCAGGACAGGGAGACGGCUACUACAUCACUCCGAAGGUGAAGUUCUGCUGCGCUCAGCACCUCUUUUCGGAGGCCUGUCCUUACGACUGCGAGGCGGGGGACUCGAGCGUCGAGGUCACUUGGACCAGCACAAAACGAGAAUGGUGUUGCAGGAACCGCCGCAUGGGCUGCCCGGCAAACACUGUAGCUUCGGCGCUUGGCGGUGGCAUGGGCGGCACGACGUACGACUGCGCAGUGGCGGAUCCGCUGAGCACCGCAUCCCAGGGAGGCGAAGUAUCGGUGGUCACAGCGGCCAGAUACGAUUGUACUCAUGGGAGCAAAGAGAGUUGGUCUCAAGAUAAAGCUCAGUACUGCAGAUUGUGGCUGGACGUUCCCAAGGGCUUCCACUUCACGGAGUGUGACAGCGAUCCCAUAGGUUGGACGAAAGAGAAAGCCAGAUGGUGCCAGGCCGUUGGGCUCAAUGAACAACACGCUCCACACAAGUGCUCCAGAGGACAUCCGGACACGUGGACACAGCAGAAGUUCGAGUUCUGUUGCGUCAUCAAAGGCAUCGGAUGUCGACAGGAGGAUCCUCUACAGAUGGAAUUGGAUCCCAAGCUUAGAACACCACCAUUUCGGGACAAACCCAACGGAGCAAUGGCUGCCAUCUACCUCUGUUAUCUCUGUCUUGCCAGACACGUCACGGGACCGCAGGGCGGGGGCCGGGUUGAGCUUCAGGGUGACCCUGGGGGAAGGUUGAAAGAUGCCAACCGCAACGACUGGGAGGAAGACGCCUCCGAAGAUGCCUUAGAUGAGGCCCCCAGCUAUCCAAGGCCCAUGCAAGGCGACUUUGCAGCUUUGGAGCUGCACUUCGACUGUGUGGCGGACGAAGAUGAGAUUUUGGCAUGGUCGGCCACCAGGCAGCGCUGGUGCUGCCAGAAGUGGGGACUUGGAUGCAAGGCCAUUGGCCACUUCAAUUGCUCCGCAGGGCUGUGGAAUUGGCAGAGGGGCUGGUCUCGACAGAAAAAGAACUACUGCUGCAAACAUGAAGAGAAAGGAUGCGAUGGAACGGCACACGAUUGUACGCAGGACACACAAGAUCUGAGUCCGGACGGGAAGAAGUGGUGCUGUGAGAAUCACAUGUACUCCAAUGGUUGCCCCUUCAAUUGCCAACAUGGCUUAAAAUUGUGGAAGAUCGGCUUUUCCAUCGUGGGAGUCUGA